UUGGCUGGGCUGCUCGGGUUUGGUUGAAGCGGCAGCGGGUUCGGAUCGAGACCGAGAGGCGGAGCAGGAGCGGCUCCGGACUGAGGGAUCUGCUUCGGGUUCUCUGAAGUUUUUAAAUCUUUCCUUCGCUCUGCGGUUUGCUUUCAUCUUUGAUGGUGAAAUGUCCGAGAAGGUGCACUCGACCACGGAACGGACAGUGAAAUCCGUUCCCUUCCCUCCCAGCCACCGGUUGACGGUUAAAGAGGUCUUUGACCACGAUGGGAAGCCACGUGUGGAUGUGCUUAAGGCUCAUCUUACUAAAGAGGGCCGUGUGGAGGAGGCUGCAGCAAUGCGGAUUAUAACAGAAGGGGCAUCCAUUCUCCAUCAAGAGAAGACAAUGCUGGACAUUGAAGCUCCAGUCACCGUUUGCGGUGAUAUCCAUGGUCAGUUCUUCGAUCUGAUGAAGCUGUUUGAAGUUGGUGGAUCUCCAGCAUCUACUCGCUACCUCUUCCUUGGUGACUAUGUGGACAGAGGUUAUUUCAGCAUCGAAUGUGUGUUGUACCUUUGGGCCUUGAAAAUCCUGUAUCCAAAAACUUUGUUUUUACUUCGUGGAAACCAUGAAUGUCGGCAUUUGACGGAAUACUUCACUUUUAAACAAGAAUGCAAAAUAAAAUAUUCAGAACGGGUAUAUGACGCGUGCAUGGAUGCUUUUGACUGCCUCCCUUUGGCGGCUCUGAUGAAUCAGCAGUUCCUGUGUGUUCAUGGUGGUCUGUCUCCUGAGGUUAACACCUUAGAUGAUAUUAAAAAAUUAGAUAGAUUCAAAGAACCCCCAGCUUAUGGGCCCAUGUGUGAUCUAUUGUGGUCAGACCCACUAGAAGACUUUGGAAAUGAGAAGUCUCAGGAACAUUUCACUCACAACACUGUCAGAGGCUGCUCGUACUUCUAUAGUUACCCUGCUGUAUGUGACUUCCUACAACACAAUAAUUUAUUAUCAGUAAUCCGAGCACAUGAGGCACAGGAUGCUGGGUACCGAAUGUAUAGAAAGAGUCAAACAACGGGCUUUCCUUCACUAAUCACCAUCUUUUCAGCUCCCAACUACCUGGAUGUCUACAACAACAAAGGUGCAUCUGCUGCUGCUCGCAAAGAGGUCAUUCGGAACAAGAUCCGGGCAAUUGGCAAGAUGGCCAAGAUGUUUUCUGUUCUCCGAGAGGAGAGUGAGAGUGUUCUGACACUGAAAGGCCUGACUCCCACAGGAAUGCUUCCGAGUGGAGUGCUGGCUGGAGGCAAACAAACCCUCCAAAGUGCGACUGUUGAGGCUAUUGAGGCUGAUGAAGCUAUCCGAGGUUUCUCUCCCCAGCAUAAGAUCAGCAGCUUUGCCGAGGCGAAAGGUCUGGACCGUAUCAACGAGAGGAUGCCCCCUCGUCGCGAUGGAAUUCCAAGUGACAGCACCCUUAACUCCAUCAACAAGGUGGUCUGCUCAGAGGCCAAUGGCACUGAGAGUGGCAAUAUUCAAUGAUCGUUUUGCAGUUUCCAGUUCGAAGGCAUGAUUGUAUGGUUGCCAUCCCAAGCAGUUUGACAUUCUUGCCUCUGAUUACUGCUGCAUGCUCUGGGAGCUAGGUGUUGAUGACAGAUUACAGUAACAGAGUGAUAGGAAUUGUUUUGUGAUUGUUGACAGUUAAGUUACCUCAGAUGGAAUAUGCCUUUGCUUCUUGACAAGCAAACAGUUAAAUGCUGGUAAAAUAUUACACAUUAGAUAAUCAAAAUGUUUUCCUUUUGCAUCAAGGAAGACUUGCAGAUCAGUUUUGAAAAGGCCUUUACUAUACUGGAUGUGGGAUCUCUGUCCAAUAGCUCUUUAAUUUUCUCGUGUCCGUUUACAAUUGCCGAACUCAGCUUUGACAUAUUAAAACAAAAAUUAAAAUUGAGGUUGUACAAACUAAUAGCUGAUUGAGAUGUGGACUAUUUAUUAACUUUUUGGUUCCUCUUUUACGAGAGUUUCAAACAAAUUAGGCAGUCUUAAAAAAAAAAAAAUUUGUAAAGUUGCAAAAUCACAAAAAAUGCCAAAAAUUAAAUUUGGUUUUUGUACAAGUUCUGCUUACCUCAGGUUGAUUUCGUGUGUUUGGAUGCUACCAGUUUAUGUAUUUACCUAUUACUCACUUGGCAAUGGAUAGCCUUUUUCCAAAAAAAAAACUGGAAAUUUAUUUAUAACUUUUACCAUUCAUUUUGCUGCUUAUUAUAUUUUAUUUGCAUUAAGUUGGUUGUGGCUUGCUGGAAUUGUAUAUUAAUGAGUGACGCAUUCAUAUUUUAAAUUUUAUUUUAACUAUAUGAAGAACAAGACAUACCAUAUAAAAUGCAGUGAAUAGCAUCUGUAGUCUGUAAAACUGUCCUCUGCAUGGUAUUUUCCCCAAUUUCUGGCUGUACUGUCCCUAUAUGGGACUGUAAUGUGCUUAGUGAUCUGACAUAUACUGGAAAUGUAAACUUGCAUACUUUAUAUUCACUGUAUGAAAUUGCUUAAUGCCUUUUGAAUUUUUGUAAUUUAAAAAGAGAAACUUCUUGAAAUUAUUCAGAGGGGGCGUGGAAAACUGAACAUUUUUCAGUACACACAAGUGCACAUAUAGAAGAUUAGCAUGUUUAUCAAACAUUGUGAAAAUUAAACAAUUGAUAUGUGGGUACAUGUAAAACUCUAGAUGCAUGACACUGUUUUAGUCACGAUGGUGGAGUCUGACUUUUUUUUGUGCCACAAUAAAACAUUUAGUGUAUUUACACAUUUCACCGUAUAUCAGUUACGGGUUUGACGAUAUGGUUGAAAACUGGUCCAUAAUGGAUGAUCCAUUGAUUUUUUUUUGAAACAACAGUAAAUGUGCCCAAGUAAUUCACUACAACCUUGAAUGCCUUGCCUUUGUAAUUUGACCUCUGAAACGUCAGCAGUUUAAGCAUGCACUUGUAACAACAAGGAAGUAUUUUAUAUUACUAUUUCAAUAAAACAUGCAUGAACUUAA